AUGGUUGACCCGAUUUCUGUUAUAUCCCUCGCGGAUCUUUGCCUCAAAUACGGAAAAAAACUUGUGGAGAGAUACUCCGCAUAUGCCCAUGCGAGCGAUGAGCUUCGUGAGCGGAAGGUUCGAGUGGACAACUAUUGGAUGCGCACACAAUAUCAGCUGAAACUCCUUCAACAAGUCGAGGGAACCUUAGAAGAAGAGCACCGGAAUACUCAGCAAGAAACCCUUCAAAUACUGCUUAACAAGCUUCAAAUCGCGGGUCAGAUCCUCGAUAACGUUUUAAUCGAUGCUGAUAUAAAACUUGGAAAAGACGAGAUACGCAUGCGAAAGUUGAAAUAUAGCUUCAAACAACAGAAGAUCGACAAGGCAAUUCAAGAUCUCGAGUCCUGGCACAAUGUGUUCGAUCCGUCGUGGUAUCUGAUUUACAGAAUUCCAUCGAGGGCUAUUGAUACUACAUUGCGGUCAUACUCGGUUGAUUCAACCCAGAUCACUCACACCCCAAUCGUGUCCGCUCAAUCCCUAAGGAAAGCACUUCAAUCCAAUGAGUCCUCAAAACCUUUCGAAUUCCUCUAUGUGGAGGGCCUAGAAUCUCUUCAACUCCGCGAUAUCCCACUCUCUACUGCACGUAUCGGGCAAAGUGGACGCUCUGGAAAAUCGCCAUACAUUCUUGAAAGAUAUGAAGUUUAUCCGGAAGUCAAUUUGAGACAUUUAGAGAGAGACUGCCGUGACCUGGCUAAAAGGCUGUCUUUUUCCAACCCUCUGGAGUUUGGCCUCCUUAACUGCAAAGGAGUUGUCAAACAUAAAGAUAAGAACGCCAACAAAUCGACUUUCGAAGCAUUGACCUUUGUUUUCCGAGUACCCGCAGGGUGCUCGCAACCUCGCAGUCUCCGGGAAUGUUUGAAGAAUAUUGUGCGAACCGAGUCCUUAUCCGAUCGUCUUGGAAUCGCACAGGAUCUUGUGAAAGCAGUGAGCUACGUCCACACCUUCGGUUUCGUUCAUAAGAACAUUCGCCCUGAAACUAUCCUCUUGUUCAACAAUGAAUCUUGUGGACCCUAUCGAAUAGGGUCCGCUUUCCUGAUCGGAUUCGCAGAUUUCCGGGCUGCAGAAGGAAAUACGUUGAAGAAGGGCAGUUCCUCUUGGCAGAAAAGGCUGUAUCAACAUCCCACUCGCAUGGGGUCUAACCCCGAGGCCUAUUAUAUUAUGCAACACGACAUUUACAGUCUUGGGUGUUGCUUGCUUGAGAUUGGGCUGUGGGAGAGCUUUGUGGAUUAUGAGAAUGAGAAGGCACUUUUACCCCAGACAAGCGAAGACACAGGUGCCAUUUCAGGUUACUCGUUAGAUGACAGUGUUCAACCAUCAUUUUUCAAGGAUCACUUACUCUCAUUGGCGCAGGGCGAAUUAAAGAGGAGAAUGGGAACUAUAUACUCUGAAGUUGUAGUUACCUGUCUCACCUGCCUUGAUCCCGAAAAUGCUGAUUUUGGCAAUGAGGACGAAUUCCAAGAUGAAGAUGGAAUUUUGGUUGGAGUCCGGUACAUUGAGAAGGUUAUCAUGCGGCUCAAUGGCAUUUCCAUUUAA